AUGCCAGGCUUCGCAGACUCGUUCUGGACGCCUGACUAUGCCUCUGGCUUGGGUAUUUUGUAUUCGAAGCUUCAACAGGGCAUUGCCGAGAACAGACAGAUCCUGAUACUUGCGAAUCUGCGAGCCGAUGCUGAAGAGGCGUAUAGUACACGGCUGGGAGAUAUCACUCCUGCUGUGGAUCGGAUAACUACUGGCUUUUCGAAAGAUGAGGGAGCUAGUGUGAGGAAGGCUUACGAUGGAAUUCGCGGCGAAAUGAUCGAAGCGUCCAAAAAUCACCAAAAAAUCGCAUCCAACAUUCGCGAACUCGUCGUCAAUCCUUUUAGUCGCUGGUGCGAUCAGCACGCCGCUCGAGUCCAGAGCUCGCACGAUGAUCUACAAGCGCGUAUCAAGGAUCACAUGAAACAGACGGAACUGGUGAAGAAGCUGCGCAGUCAAUACUUCAACAAGUGCCGUCUUGUCGAGGACCUGGAGGAGGAAAAUAAGCUUGCUUUCCAGAGCCCCGAGGCUACUAGUCCCAAAGGCAAACCGCCAGCACCUAAAAUCGUCUUGACGGAUCCACAGGAGUCGGAUGAACCUGAAAUUUUCGAUUUGGGCGACAAGUCUUACAGCAUCGAUGAAAUUAAGAAGAUCUUGACCGAUAUGCUCAAUACAAUCAAGAUUGGAGAAGUCAAAGUGCCAAUCCUCGGCACGUACCAGAACACCUCGACGGGUGCCGAUAUAGUCGAGUACUUGCAGCAGAAAAUGGAGGCUUCUAGUAUCAGUCACGCUGAGCGGAUUGGUCAGGAUAUGGUGGAUCUUGGAUUCUUGCGUUUGAUCGGAAAUAUGGGAAGCACAUUUGCCAACAGCAGCCGUAUGAACUACCAAUGGAGAUCGAAGGUUUUCCAGCUCACUGGAAUGCCGGAAAACAAGAAACCUUUACUCCGCAUGACAUCGCUUAUGUCUAAUGAUGAAGCGGCUGGAUCGCCGACGAUGUCAAGUGUUUCGGAAAUGCUCUCUGGUUGGAAUCCUCUGAACAACCCGUAUCCGGACGAAACCCCUGCUGAAAAGCUUCAUCGCGAGGCUCGUGAAACAGACGAGCGCUACAAAACUGCUGUCAUCAAGCUGGAUCAGAUACGGUGCAUUCUUGAAGAGGAGAUUAUUGAUCACUUGCGGUUCAUGGAGCGAUGCGAACUUGAUCGUCUGAAAGCAAUCAAGUCUGUGGUACUGGAUUUCUCUGGUGCCAUCAGCAAUGUUAUUCCGGGUUUGCAGAGCACGGUGGACCACAUGAUGUUGUACCAAGAGACCAUUCAACCGUUAGGGGAUUUGAGGUACUUGCUUGAGAAUUACCGUACAGGAGGAUUUGCUCCGAAGGUGCAGCCCUAUGAGAACUAUUAUGGUUCUGUGGGAGAUCAAGUAUUCGGUGUCGACUUGGAGGCCAGGGCUAGAGCUGAUCGGAAGCGAGUCCCUGUUAUUGUAACCAAUAUACUGACAUUCCUCGACAACCACUACCCUGAUCUUGAAGGCGACGACGCACGACGAGCCAUCUGGUUGCAUGACGUUCCUCUUGCAGCCACCCACCAUCUCCGACAGGCUCUGAAUAACAGCGCCGGAGACCAUCGUGCAAUUCUUGAAAAAUAUGAGAUACCCAUUGUUGCUAGCGUUCUAAAGUUAUACCUCCUUGAACUUCCUGAUUCCCUUGUUUCAUCGCAAGUUUACGAAAUCGUCAAAACAAUAUAUUCCGCCACGGCCAACGAAACUUCUGAAGAAGGCAGAAUCAAAGUGUUACAAAGCACACUUGGCCAGCUCCGACUUAACAAUAUAGCUACGCUUGAUGCUCUCAUGACUCACUUCACACGGUUAAUCGACCUGACCUCGGCUGAUGAGACAUAUAUCGCUGCUUUGGCUCAAACACUGGCACCAUGCAUUCUUCGACCUCGCCUCGAGAAUACCCUGACUCUCAAUGAACGCCACAGCUAUCGCUUGAUACGCGACCUGUUCGAUCACAAGGACGCUAUCUUUGGUGAGCUCAAGCGCCAAUCCAGCGCUAGCAGUACUCUAGGAGCCGGUGCUGGUUCUGCUCGUCCACGCGCAAUCAGCACCGACGAAAGCAACCGAAGAGCUGCCGUCGAGGCUCGAAACCGUGCAAUCGCUAGCCGCAGUCGAGCCACCAGCCCAGCUCCCGGUGCUCGACACCGCCGUGACCGAUCCACUGACGGAUCACAGGGAUCAGGCCGCUUCCCUAUCAACGUCGGUAGUCCACAUGGAUCAGAGCGUCGAAACCCACGUCAAAGUCUCGAUGUUCCAUCAUCAACCGAUCUACACGUCGCCACGGAAUCUAAACCUGCCGAAGAAAAGGACGUUCCUAAUGGCGCAGCGGAAGAGCAUAACGAAAAGCCGGCAGAAGUCUCGGCCACUAUUACUGAUUUCUCUGAUCCUGUCCCUGUUCCAGAAGCUGCUGAUGACGCCAGCGAAGAACAGACCAACAAUAUCAAUAGCUCAGAAGGUUCGCCCACACCCACGGCUAGUGUGGCACCUAUCGAGAAACGAGACUCCUUGACUCGCGGCCGACAUGUUCGUCGUGCGGGCGGUAGCCAUCCCCCAAGCGACAUCACUAAACGGACAAGUCUCGUCGCCGACGGCGAAUUAAAAGGCGUCACGCUAGAAGACAAGCCGAUGGAAGAUUUCGCUUGA